AUGGCAGAAGGGCUGAGCGCGAACGCAAGCUUUCUCUACAAUGGAGUCCUUCAACCGCAGACUGAUCCGGAGAAGGCUCGCAGAUUCUUCCCAAUGCUUCGCAAGUGGGCUGAGACAGGCAAAGAAUACCGUGGCCAAGUUUUCUCCUCUGCAGAGGUUGAGGAAGCGAUUUCUGCUUUUGAAAAAAGUGCGGCACCACGUUCAGUGCCAAGUCCGCAGCAGAAAACCCAGGAAUUUUGGCCACGAUGGGCGAUGAACAAAGCCCGAGGUGUUGAAGUCCUUGCCCCAUUGAAGGGCAAACCAACAUGGAGUCAGGCUACACCAGUGGCAAUUGGUUAUCAUGGGCAGAAGAAGUGUUUUUUAUUUGUCAGAUCCGAGAGGUUCGAAAUGGAUUGCCAAAGACAUGAAGUGCGGCCAGUGGGAGGAGGUCGAACUGCCCAGCAGCAACUGGAGGAUCUCAUUUCGAGGGGGCAUAGAGCGGAAAACCACCAUGAGUGGACGGAUGGCUCAGAUCUCAAUGUUGAUGACCAGAACGCCGUUGAAUUCAUUCGCCCUGGUAUAGCUGCACCAGCAAAGCAGUCGAAGGAGACGAGAGAAGCUACAAAUGGGGCUGACGGGGGUUUUGUCGAGGCCAGAAGACGUUGCAAUGCUCGUUGUGCUUUAUUGUGCUUGGCAAGCCAGCCCAGCAAAGUUGCUCGAAUAUGCAUUGGCAUUGCUGCGCAUCUGCAGGCCUUGGAGGAUGAGGGGCCCUCGCACAUCUUGCACACCUCACUGUUCGUGGACACUCGCCGUGCUUGUCUCAGGCCAGAGCUCAAUGAAAGCGAUGCACUAGCUUUACCAGCUGUCGUUGCAGAGGAACGAUUGUCUUCGCUUCAGUUGGAGACUGUUUGCUUUGCUGCUCGGCGUUUUCGCACAAAGCUGCCAGAUGGUCGCACAGCUGGCUAUGUACUUGGUGAUGGCACUGGCUGCGGCAAGGGACGGGUCAUCUCCGCUUUGCUGUACCACAUGUGGAACUCCGGACACCGACGCCAUCCUGCCCUGCAUUUCGACGGACAGAGACGAGGAAAACGGCUCGUCACAUUCCGUUGUUCCCACCUUCAGGGUCCAUUUGGAUUUCAGCGACCAGCCACAGCCUCAGCUUUCUCCACGUGCCGGUGCCUGCACCUUUGUUCCAGAGCGUCAGCAUAG